AUGGGCGACAGCAACAUGGCGGGACUCGGCUCGGUGGCCCUCAACGGCUCAUCACCGAAGAAAGUCGCCUACUUUUACGAUUCCGACAUUGGAAACUAUGCCUAUGUCACCGGCCAUCCCAUGAAGCCUCAUCGCAUUCGAUUGGCCCACAGUCUGAUUAUGCAGUACGGCCUGUAUCAGAAGAUGGAGAUUUACCGCGCCAAACCGGCCACCCGUGGCGAGAUGACCCAGUUCCAUACCGACGAUUACAUCGACUUCCUCCAAAAGGUCACCCCUGACAACAUGGACAGCUAUAUGAGAGAGCAGGGCAAAUACAAUGUCGGCGAUGAUUGUCCCGUGUUUGAUGGCCUUUUUGAAUUCUGCGGCAUCAGUGCCGGUGGCAGUAUGGAAGGCGCAGCGCGUCUCAACCGACAAAAAUGCGACAUCGCCAUCAACUGGGCUGGUGGUCUACAUCACGCCAAGAAGUGCGAAGCCAGUGGUUUCUGCUACGUCAACGACAUUGUUCUCGGAAUCCUCGAACUUCUUCGAUUCAUGAAGCGCGUGCUCUACAUCGACAUCGAUGUUCACCACGGUGACGGUGUCGAGGAGGCUUUCUACACUACCGACCGUGUCAUGACCGUGUCGUUUCACAAAUAUGGCGAAUAUUUCCCGGGUACCGGCGAGCUGCGUGACAUUGGAAUCGGCCAGGGCAAGAACUACGCCGUCAAUUUCCCUCUCCGCGACGGCAUCACCGACGAAUCGUACAAGUCCAUCUUCGAACCUGUCAUUGAGAAUGUCAUGAAGUACUUCCAGCCAGAGGCCGUUGUCCUGCAAUGUGGCGGUGACAGUCUUUCCGGCGAUCGUUUGGGCGCCUUCAACCUGAGCAUGGACGGUCACGCUAACUGCGUCAACUUCGUCAAGAGCUUCAACCUGCCCACUUUGGUCCUCGGCGGCGGUGGUUACACCAUGCGCAAUGUUGCCCGAACCUGGGCAUUCGAGACGGGUGUUCUAGUUGGUCAGGAGAUGGACCGGGCCCUGCCGUAUAACGAGUAUUACGAGUAUUAUGCUCCCGACUUUGAACUCAAUGUGCGAGCUUCCAACAUGGAAAACUCCAACAGCAGGGAGUACUUGGAGAAGAUUACCGCCGCCGUUAUCGAUAAUCUCCGCCAGACCGGCCCCGCUCCAUCGGUUCAGAUGCAAGAUGUCCCUCGUAAGUUUGGUGGCAUGACUGAUGAAGAGGAAGCGGAGCUGGACGACCUUGAUGAGGACGAGAAUAAAGACGUCCGCAUGACCGAGCAUCGCUGGGACAAGCGCGUUGAACACGAGAACGAGUUUGAGCCCAGUGAUGAUGAAGACAUGGCCGCCGCAAACGGAGUGACCCCCCGCAACGGCAACAAGAGAAGCUAUACAGAUUUCCGCAAGGGUGAAAAUGAGGACAACAGCGCACGCGCGUCCCCUGCUGCUGCCACUGCCGCUGCCGCUUCCACGAAUGGCGGUGCUGCUGAAGCCACAGCUGCAGAGGAUUCUCAUGAUAUCAACGAUGACACCAUUGAGGACUUUGCUGCUGCAGGCGAGCAAGACAAGGCGUCUGCAGACAAGAAAGAAAAGUCCAAAGAGCCCGAAAAGGAAAAGGAAGCCGAAAAGGAGAAUGAGGAGGAGAAGGAAGAGGAGAAACAAGAGGACAAGGUGGACGACGAUGGAGAUGUUGGCAUGGCUGACUCGGAACCUAAAGAAGAGAUGACCAUCAAGAAGGAGGAUGUUGAGCCUGAGCCAGCGCCAGAGCGAGUCCCCAGCAAGAGCCCCGUGGUGGAAGAAAAGACGAGGGAAGAAUCCGAAACGCCUGUUGCUCCGGCUGCCCCGGCUGAAGAAACAGCUGUUCAGGAAGAGGAAAAGCCUUCUGAGGCCGAACCAGAGAAGAAGUCUCCCGAGGCAUCAUCGGACGCCAAGGAGAAGGAGGAUGAGACCGCAGACGCCAUGGAAGUCGACCAAGAAAAGGAUGAAGAGGAGCCAAAGAAGGCCAGCACACCCCCCGCCUAA